AUGAAAGAGCUCCAAGAAUUAUACCUCAUCAACAAUACUUUAACCGGUGUGAUUCCAGAAGAGAUUGGUGGACUAGAUAAAUUAGUUGCAUUAUACAUGAAUCGCAACAAGCUCAUCGGCCCUUUGCCUCGAGUCUUCAAGUUGAAAUCACUUACAGCAUUAUCUCUCAACAAGAAUGCUUUGACUGGUAUGAUUCCGGGGGAGUUGUUCACUGCCAAUAUUAAGAGUAUUGAUCUCUCCGAUAACCAUUUCCAAGGUUCCAUACCGCCAGCUAUUGGAAGAUCCCUCAACUUAACUUAUCUCAACGUGGCGAAUAACAAUCUCUCCGGUUCUAUACCUUCCACCAUUUGCAAAUUGAGAUUCCUUGAAUUCUUGAUCUAUCCAACAACCACCUGCAGGGGCCACUUCCCAAGUAUGGAAGUUUUGAUAAGUUGUUUUCUCUACAAAAACGACAACUUCCAGGGCAUUAGCAUCCGGGACAAGAUUUGGGUUCGGACCACAAAUCAUGUGUUGUGGUCCCGGCCUGACAGCGUAGCAGGAGUACGGGCAGGCAUACGGCCGCCAACGCGGUGUGAGGCUGCUGUCCGAGCUUGGCAGCGUUGCAGGAGUAGGGUGUGGCGCAAGCCGGGGCAGGCCAAGGGCCACCAACGCGGUGUGAGGCCGCUGUCUCUGCCUGGCAGCAUUGUAGGAGUAGGGGGGGGUGUGGAACAAGCCAAGGCAGGCCUAGGGCCGCCAACACAGUGUGAAGGCCGCGUCUAA